AUGCCUCAACGGGUGCGAAUCAUCGACGACGACGACAGCGAUGACUUCUCCGAAACCGACAUCUCCAUGCGCGGCGGCCGAGGCCUCCGAGCCUCCGUCCGACGGCGCUCGACCUCACGGCGCCGCGACUCGGAGGCCCUCCUAGUCCCGCCCAUGUCGACCCGCGUGCACCGCUCGGCGUCGACCGGCGGCCGACGCUCUCGGGACCAGCCGACCGUGAUGGUAUUCAACGAGAUGCUCCAAGACAACCAGCAGAGCAACAAGCCGCGGCGGGUGCAGCAGCGGAUCAACGACGAGGAGAUCUUCGAGGAGUUUGGCCGGUCGCGACGGGGCCGGGAUGUGUCCCCGCGGCCGCGGGACUAUGAUCUCGUCGUCGGCCAGCGCAUGCUCGACCGCAAUGAUAUGCGCCAGGACUGGGAGAUCUGGAAUCAGCAGAAGGAGAUUGAGAGGUUGGAGCGCGAGCUGGAAGGUCUUCAACACGCUCCGCGCGAAACACGACUGCUUCGCGAUGAAGAGGAGUAUGAGGAUGAGAUCAGUGAGCGGCUGCGUCGACUGCAGCGGCUGGAGCGGAAGAAUGGCUCGGAACGUCAGCGACGGGAUAUGGAGCGGGAAUGGAAGAUUAAAAGGCUCGAGGAGCAGGAGCGUGAGGCGGCGCAGGAGAGCGAGAUCAAGGCGAAGAUCAAGGAGGCAAAGCUGAAAGAGAUUGCGAAGAUGAAGGAGGAGGAAGAGGAGAGGGAGAGGGUGAAGAAGGAGCUCAAGGACGAAGAGGCUCGUAAGGCGCUUGAGGAGGCUGAGAAGAAGAAGGAGGAACUUCUGAUGAAGAAGGCUGCUGUUGAGGAGUGGAAGCUGGAGCAGGAGCGGAAGAGGCUCAAGGAGAAAGAAGAGGCUGACAAGCGAGACAAGGAGUUUCGGGAGAAACUCCAGGAGCUUGGCUAUACUGAAGAGCAGAUUGAGGAUAUGCUGAACAAGAACAAGAAGCCCGAAGAGAAAGAGGAGAAAUGGAUCAGGGUCCAUCGCAAACAUCUGAUGCCGGAGACAUUGAUGGCCUACCAGCUCCCCUGGGAAUGGGAUGUGCGCGAUCAAAACUACAUCGUCAUCAAGAAGUGGGUCGAUGAGGACUUCCAGGACAAGCUCUUCUCCCACACCAAGCGGAUCCGCGAGGGUAAAGUGCUCACGCAGACCUCCAGCUCCACGACCGAGCUCCGCGUCAACGACCGCAACAAGGACAAGAUGUACCUCGUGCGGAAGAAGAGCCCGAGCCGCAAGUCGUGGCUCUUGACCUAA